AUUAUCAUAAUUAUAUACCGAAUAAAAGUAUAACCACUUCUCACUUGUGUAGUUUAACGAUUGUUUCAAUUUUUAGUUCUUUUGAACCAUUUUUAGGUUUUUUUCAUUGGUACAUAUGGGUUUAAUGUCUAGAUUUCAUGAAAUUGUGUAAUCUCCAGCUUUUAACGAGAAAAUGGCAAGUGAUUGUAAUGGGUUAAAACCGGCGUUUGAUUUUGAAUUUGACAAAUUUCGAAACUUGGUUGAAAAUAACGAAGGAUGGACAAAGCAGUACAAGAAAAAUAAAGUUGAAGUGUUUACUAAGUCUGAGGUUGGAACAGCUAUUAAAAUGGUGAAGAUUGAAACCCAUUUUGAUGAUAUUUCUUUGGAUGUAUUGUAUGAUACCUUACAUGAUGGUGAUUAUAGAAAAAAUUGGGAUUCCAUGAUGAUUGAGGAAUAUGGUUUAUGUCAGAUUGAUCCAAAUAGUGAUGUGGGUUAUUAUGCUGCAAAGUGUCCAAAACCAUUAAGAAAUCGUGAUUUUGUAUUUCAAAGAUAUUGGACUAAAACUCAAAAUAGUUUCAUUAUAUGCAAUCACUCAGUUCAACAUAAGAAUGCACCCAUAAGGAAGGAGUAUAUUAGAGGAACAUCUUUGAUGUCAGGAUAUAUGGCAAAAACUAAUGGAAUCUGUGGUAGUCAUUUUAUAUAUAUAACACAAGUUGACCCAAAAGGCUCAAUACCAAAGUGGAUGGUCAAUAAAGUUGCUACUAAAACUGCACCAAAGGUAAUGGCUCGUUUUGCUUCAGCAGCUAAAAACUACACAAAUUGGAAAAUUCAAAAUAAUCCUGAUUACAAACCUUGGCUUAAGUAUGAACAGAAUAAUUUGCCUUUAGCAAAACUAGCUGACUUUAAAUCAUCCCCAAUGUUGGACUCAGAUCUUUCUCGGAAGUUAGAUUUUGAAGCUCAUGCUUUAUCUGUGCCUAAUGGUGAUACUUCUGAUUAAAAAUAUGGACACCAUUUAAUUGGAUUAUAUAUCUUUUGUGAGACUAAUUUAGAGUAAACAUGCACAAUCACAAUCAACUGCAAAAAGACUAUAAUUUGUAUUUAAUAGUAAAAAUCAGUUACUCUACCAACACUGCAGAGCAAUUGUAGCCAUUAUGACUAUGAAACGCAAUCCAUAUUGUCGAAAUUAAAAAUUAUUUCAAUUA